GUCUACUUUGGUCCGCGGUGAGGCAGUAUCGCAUUCCUACGAAUCACACCUCGGACGCCUCGCUGUCGCCAACUUUCUUCGCAGUCGAACACCUUGCGACUCCUUUGUCUUCCUCUUUUCUUUGUCUGCGGCAAAGACUCCGAAGCAUGAAUUGUCCAUCGAGAACCGAACCGGACAUGCCUCCGGACUGGAAUCAGAAUCCAAAUCCGCUCGCUGAAAUCACGAGAAGCGAACUGGGCAAGGUGGCGAGUGCCAGAGUCCAGCACGACCACAAGCUGAAGAAUCAAAAUGGAGCAGAGUCCGGAUUCGCAGAGAUGCAAGGCGAUCGCGACCACCAGCCGCCGGAGAAGGGCAUGUCAGUGGACGGCGAUGGAACUUCACCCAUCGCCACCCCAGGGUUUGGAGGUCGCAUGCUCGAGGACACACUCGGCACCACACCACCAAACCCACGCAAGCUGCCACCUUGGCAGCAACCUCUGGAUCGCUUCCGAAAAGUGAUCUGGAAGUACGUCCGCUUCAUCGGACCUGGUUUCAUGAUUGCAGUGGCGUACAUCGAUCCUGGCAACUAUGCGACAGAUGCGGCAGCAGGAGCGACGUAUCAGUUCAAGCUCUUAUUCAUGGUACUUCUUUCGAACAUUUUCGCCAUCUUUCUGCAGUCGCUAUGCAUUAAGAUGAGCACUGUCACGGGAAGGGAUCUGGCGCAGAUGAACAAGGAUCACUGUCCUCCAUGGCUGAACUAUUUUUUGUUCUUCUUCGGCGAAGCAGCAGUCAUAGCGACGGACAUUGCAGAGGUGAUUGGUUUCGCGAUCGCUCUGAAUCUCUUGGCCCCAAAACUGCCCGUCGUUGCAGGAUGUGCGAUCUCAAUCGUGGAUGUCAUGUUUAUAUUACUGUUCUACAGGCCAGAAGGCUCCAUGAAGGCACUUCGACUAUUCGAAGGUUUCGUGAUGCUGUUGGUCCUGGGCGUGGUAGUGUGUUUCUGUUACCAGCUAUCAUUGAUCCAGGGAACAACGCCCGGAGAGGUCUUCAGAGGGUACCUGCCAUCGAGCGCCCUCGUAGAAAGCAAAGGUCUGUACCAAUCUUGCGGUAUCCUCGGCGCGACAGUCAUGCCUCACUCCCUGUAUCUAGGCUCCGGACUCGUCAAGCCACGCCUCAGACACUUUGAUCAGAAACACAAAACCUACAACGUCGACAGUGAGCUUGACGAUGACUCGGCUAGCAUCGACCGCAAAUACCGUCCCUCCAUGGCCGCCAUCAAAGCUUGCAUGAAAUACAGCAUCAUCGAGCUCGCGAUCUCUCUCUUCACCUUCGCUCUGUUCAUCAACAGCGCAAUUCUCAUCGUUUGCGGUGCCUCGCUCUAUAAAAUAUCCGGCGCAGAUGAUGCCGACCUCUUCGGCAUCUACAAUCUCCUCCGCGAACAGAUCGCCCACGCUGCAGCAACCGUGUUCGCAGUUGCACUGUUGCUAUCAGGCUGCUCUGCCGGCAUCGUCUGCACACUCGCUGGUCAAAUGAUUGCCGAAGGCCAAAUCAAUUGGAAGCUCAAACCAUGGGUUACCAGACUUCUGACACGUUCGAUCUCCAUCGUACCUGCGAUUCUGGUCGCGGGAACAUUGGGAAAGCAGGGCUUGUCAGAUGCGCUGGUGGGAAGUCAGGUUGCGCUGAGUGUCAUUCUACCAUUUGUGAGUGCACCGGUCAUUUACUACACAAGUAGGAACAAGUAUAUGCACGUCGUUACCACCACCACAACGACAACGAGUGCAGGGGGAGAUCGGUCUGAGACUGAGACGCCAGAGACGAGAAGAGAAGUGGUUAAUAUGCGGAACCACUGGCUCGUGGCUGUCAUUGCUGGCGCGAUUUGGCUGAUCAUUGUUAUCAUGAACGUGGCAAAUAUCGUCUUGACUGGACUGGGUGUGAACUAAUCCACAAAGACGACGGACAGGUGAGACGAGACGAGACGAGGACAACACCUGUUAAGGGACAAAGAUCGAUCAGAACACCGACAUUUGGACCAUUUUAAUGUGAAAAAUGAUGGCGAGACUUGUCUGCCAAGAUUCUCAGAUAAGCUUGUUCGUUUCCAAUCAUAUGGUACACAUUCAGUGGAGCAUAUCAAUGCAUAAUUAAUACAAGUCCGCGUCCAAACAGGGCUUACAUGAACGAGAUGAAAGGACGCCAUGUGUGAAUUCCAGAGCACCAGGAUGUCCAAGAUAACGUCUCCAAACUCCAUCCGUCGAACAC